AUGUUUAGAAAUAACUACGACAACGAUUCUGUUACUUACUCACCAACUGGAAGAUUAUUCCAAGUUGAGUAUGCUUUAGAGGCUAUCAAACAGGGGAGUGCUGCUGUAGGAUUGGCUUCAAAGACUCACGUUGUUUUAGUAGGAUUGAAGAGAAAUGCCGAAGAAUUGGGUUCCUAUCAAAAGAAGCUUAUCAAAAUAGAUGACCAUAUGGGUGUUGCUUUAGCUGGUUUAGCACCUGAUGCCAGAGUUUUGUCAAAUUUCUUGAGAAAGCAAGCAAUGAAUUCUAAGAUGGUUUUCAACAGACCCUUGCUGGUUUCAAAAGCAGUUUAUUCUAUUGCAGAUAAAGCCCAACAAAAUACUCAAUCAUACGGAUCUAGACCAUAUGGUGUGGGUUUAUUGGUUUCCGGAUAUGACGAUACAGGUGCUCAUUUAUACGAAUUUCAACCUUCCGGUUCAGUUUUAGAAUACUACGGUGCUUCCAUUGGUGCUAGAUCACAAGCUGCUAGAACAUACUUAGAAAGAAAUUUGGAAAAAAUCAGAGAUUGUGAAACCCCCGAAGAAUUGAUAGUACAUGGUUUAAAUGCUUUGAGGGACACUUUAUCUCAAGAUGUAGAAUUAACAUUCAAAAAUACCUCAGUUAGUAUAGUUGGUAAAGACACCAAGUUCACUACUUAUGACGAUGAAGAUGUUCAACAAUGGCUCGACAAAUUGGAUUCCGUAACAAAUUCUACUCACAGGGAUGAGGAUGACGACGAGGAAGCCGGCGACAACGCUGAAGAUCAAGAUGUCACUGAAGACAGAAUGGAGACAGACGAAUAA